AUGUGCCCCGAGUUGCUGCUGCUGCAGCGGAUAUUUGAGAACAAGAUUCUCUCUGCUUUUUCUUCAGGUGUACAUACACCUGAAAAACAAACAGCAGCAUUAUGCAGCUGUCAGCGACAAAAAAUAUUAAAUUUGCUGCUGCUGCGUCUGCAAAAUAAAACCCUACAGACGCAAGACCUUCCGGGUGCAGCAGCAGCAGCAGCAACACCAACAACAACAACCGCAGCAGCAGCAGCAGCAACAGCAGCAGAUGCACCAGCAGCAGCAACAUCACCAGCAGGUGCAGCAGCAGCUGCAGCAGCAGCAGAUGAGGGGUAUACUGCUGCAGGCCGUUCGCCUUUGAAUUUUUUCUGCGGUGUGCGGCUGCCAGCAGCAGUUAAAACCCUCGCAGAUAUUCUACAACAAAUUAUACACUCCGCUAAGCAGCAGCAGCAGCAGAAGCAGCAGCAGCUACAGCCGGAGCAGCAGCAGCAGCAGCGACAGCAACCGCCGGAGCAGCAGCAGCAACAGCAGCAGCAGCAACAACAACAGCAGCAGCAGCAACAACAACAACAGCAGCAGCAGCAGCAGCAACAGCAGCAGCAGCAACAGCAGCAGCAGCAGCAGCAGGAAUGUGUUAUAAUUUGCGAGUUAUGCGGGUUAGACGUCGGUUUGCUGCUCUCUUCUCUGCACUCAGUUUGUCUUCGUUUUCUGACUUUGUUUGUUUUGCUAGGCUUUGCCUAUUCACCUGACGGCAUGAAGCAAUUAAAAAGAAAAAUUAAAAAUAAAAGCAGCAAACAACAGCAGCAGCAGCAGCAGCAAAUACUUCCAUCUGCUGCAGCAGCAGCAGCAGAUACAACAGCAGCAGCAGCAGCAGCAGCAGCAGCAGCAAAUGCUGAGGGAGCUUCUCUUGCAAGCAAACAUAAAAAUUAUAAGAUCAUUGGAUCAACUCAAAUCAAACGCCUCAAACUCCACAACUACGUGAAGGUGCAGCAAGUGGGUCAAGGUGCGUAUGGAGAUGUUUGGCUGGGGUGUGAGGCGAAGACAGGAAGAUGGGUAGCAUUAAAGAGAAUGAAGCCGCAGCAGCAGCAGCAGCAGCAGCAGCAACAGCAGCAACAGCAGCAGCAGGUAGACCCGGAGCACCACGUUGCCGCAGCGCAGCAGCAGCUGCUGAUGCUGCAGAUGCAGCAAACAGCAGAAGAUAGAGACGGCUUUCCUAAAACUGCAAUCAGAGAGAUCUCUCUUCUUUCAGAUUUAAAAGCGGCUUUGAACUCACCGAAUAGGCUGCCCUGUCUGUGGAUGAUUUUUGAGUACUUUCCGUUCGACGUUUUGGGCUUCCUCGAGUCUAUUCGCGACAAUACAGAGAAGAGAGAACGCAUGCAGCGACCUAAUAAGGGUGCUAGUAAUGCUGCUGAUAAUGCUGCUGAUAAUGGUGCUGCUAAUUUAUUAAUGGAUAUGGAUGGGGUCGUGAAGUUAGCAGACUUUGGCUUAGCUCGUCGAUUUUCUCUCUUUGUCUCUCCUCCGAACAAUAAAUUUAAUCAAACAAAUUAUUCUUUUAACCCUCAGUCUUCUGCCUCUGCUGCUGCUAGUACUGCUGCUGCUGGUGGUAGCGGUGAUGGUAGUGGUGCUGGUGGUGCUGGGGUUGCUGCUGCACAUCAGCAGCAGCAGCAGCAGCAACAGCAGCAGCAGCAGCAGCAGCAAGGUGCUGCAGAGGGUUUAUCAUUUAAUUGUAGAGAAGAGAGCAACAGAGUGAAGAGAAAGCGAGAAGAAGAGGAGAAUAAUAAGGGGUUGAUAACUGGAGCAGCGAAUCCAGAUCAGCAUCAGCAGCAGCAGCAACAGCAGCAGCAGCAGCAGCAGCAGCAGCCUGCUUUGCUUCAAGGAAGCCAAUGCCGUUUGCUGUCGAACAGAGUAAUAACAUUGUGGUAUCGGCCCCCAGAGCUGCUAUUAGGCGGCGACGUGGCAGGAGAAGAGGGUUGGGAUCUGCUUUCAAAACUCCUCGCCUGGAGCCCAAGUAAAAGAAUCAGUGCAUGCGCUGCACUGGAGCACCCUUGGUUUUCUUCUCACCCCUUACCCGUCAGGGAUCGGCGGGUUUCGGUAGAUAUGACAAAGUUUAGUAAAUGGUUUGCUGCAUAUAAGCAACGCGCAGCACAACUCAACAGCCUCCGCGACUGGCACAAGCAGAUGCAAGCAGCAGAAGCAGCAGCAGCAGCAAAAGCAGAAGCCGAAGCGGCCGCAAAAGCAGAAGCAGCAGCAAAAGCAGAAGCAGCAGCAAAAGCAGAAGCAGCAGCAAAGGCAGAAGCAGCAGCAAAAGCAGAAAUAGAAACAGCAGCAGCAGCAACGAAAGGGCUGCCGGUGUCUCCUCUGGAGGGAGAGCGCGCAGUGAGUAGAUCCCACGACAGCAGCAGCAGCAGCAGCAAAAGCAGCAGCAAAAGCAGCAGCAAGAGCAGCAGCAGCAGCAGCAGCAAGAGCAGCAGCAGCAGCAGCAGCAGCCUAGAGCUGAAGCAGGAGGAGCGGAGACGCCGCUUUGGGGCCAUGACGAAAGGUUUGCAGCAGAGCAGCAGCAGGAGAAGCAGCAGCGGCAGCAGCAGCAGCAACAGCAGCAGCAGCAGCAGCACAGGGAGAACAGCAGGAGAGUCCUCCUCUGCCCCCCAUCGUUCGGGUGUACAUACAGGAGAAAGCCUCAACAAAGACAGCAGCAGCAGCAGCAGCAGCAGCUCAACGCAAAGGGAUGCUGCUGCUGCUGCUGCAGGUGCUGCUGCUUCUGCUGCCGGUGCAACAAGUGCUGCGCAGCAAAGUAGAAGCCCUCGACGAGAUAUUGAGAAGAAGGAAGCAGCGAAGUCUCGCUCUUCAACUGCUACUGCUGCAGGGGGUGCAGAGCAGCAGCAGCAGCAGCAGCAGCAGAUGGGUGUUGUAACUCGAAUAGGACGGGAGGAGAAGCAAAACGAGCAAAGAAAUAAUCAGCAAACAGCAGCAGCAAACAACAGAGACAGAGAUAGAGACAGAGACAGAGACAGAGACAGAGACAGAGACAGAGGAGUUAGAGAGUUCCCCCACACAGGGCAGCAGCAAACGCAACGCCGACGCCGCAGCAGCAGCAGAAGCAGCAGCGGCAGGAACAGCAGCAGCAGCAGCAGCAGCAGCAGCAGCAGAACGGCAGACAUACACAGGGAUUACUCACACAGGCAGGAGACGGCCGCAAGGAGACAUUCACCUCACAGCAGCAGCAGCAGCAGCAGCAGCAGCAGCAAUAGAGGGAGCAGCAGCAGCAGCAGCAGUAGAGGAGGCAGCAGCAGCAGCAGCAGCAGAGCACACAUGCACUUGUAUACAGACCGCCUCUUUCGUAGAGAGGAGGCCCGCGACAGCAGCAGCAGCAGCAACAGCAGCAGCAGCAACAUGAAUUAUCCUUCCUCUGCAGCAGCAGCAGCUCGUGUGGGGUAUUUGCCUGAUAGGCGCAGCAGCGACUUCAAACAUCGGAGGAGGCGCAGCAGCAGCAGCAGCAAGAGCAGCAGAGUAAGCAGGUGCAGCAGGAGCAGCAGCAGGAGCAGGAGCAGCAGCAGCAGCAGGAGACGUGUCCCGCGGCAGCAGUACCCCGUUGCAGAACGAUAUUAUACUAACAGCAGCAGACGACGCAGCAGCAGCAGCAGAAGCAGCAGCAGAAGCAGAAGGCCCCACAGCAGCAGCAGGCGUUUCCCAAGCAGCAGCAGCAGCAGCAGCAGCAGCAAGAAGGCCAGUCACAGCAGCAGGGAUAUGCGGAGGUACAGCGAUAAGAGACAGAGCGAGAGUCCUGUACGCUGCAUGCAGCAGCAGAGCAGCAGCAGCAGCAGCAACAGCAACAGCAACCGACGCAGUGUCAGUGACAUCAGCAGCAACAGCAGUGCACGAGCCUCCCUCUCUCCCUCUGCAUCUAUUGCCCCGCAAAGCAGCAGGAACAGCAGCAGCAGCAGCAGCAGCAGCAGCAGCAGGCAUAUGUGGGGCCUGAAGGGAGACAGCAGUACGUUGAAAUAUCAUCUGCAUAGAUCUCCACCCAGAAAACAACACCACUGGGGGAGACCACUGCAGCAGCAGCAGCAGCAGCAGCAAAGAUAUACGGAGGGAAGGCUAUCACCGCGAGAGCGGUUUAAGUCUGACCGAUAA